CACGCUAUUUCAAUCGCGUGCAGAUGGGCUACGAGUGGAACAAGUACAACCAAACCCACUACGACCAUGACAACCCUCCCCCUAAGGUGGUGCAAGGCUAUAAAUUCAACAUCUUCUACCCCGAUCUCAUCGACAAAGCCAAGGCGCCAACGUAUAAGAUCGAACGUGAAAAUGGCAGAAGACGUGGAGAGUCGUUUGCGCCUGCUGGAGAGGACGAUACCUGUCUGAUCCGUUUCAUCGCCGGUCCGCCCUAUGAGGACAUCGCAUUCCGCAUCGUGGACAAAGAGUGGGACUACAGUGCGAAAAGAGAACGGGGGUUCAAGAGCAGUUUCGACAAGGGUAUAUUACAACUUCACUUCCAGUUCAAGAAGAUUUAUUACAGAAAAUAA